CGCGGUCAAGCGGGAUGCACUGUAUCGUCAUCGCUCUAGCCACCGUCUGCGUCGUGGUGGUAAGCGGAGAGCCUCACUGCACGAAGCCCGGAGGUUGUGAGUCUUCUCCAGCAUGUGGUCCCUUGGAAGAUCCUGUGGUCGGAGAGCCUCGGCGGGACAGGUACUGCCGGCCUUUAUUCACGCCGGUUUGGGAGCUGACGCAGCUCCGCAAAUGCCUUUGCAAGCGAGGCUACGUGCGCAACUCAUGGGGUGAAUGCAUUCCGCGUUUAAAGUGCAUACCUUGCAAGUUCCAAUGGCAGAGAGACUACCGCACGUGCGCAUCCGGGUGCCCCGCUACAUGCAACCAACCGUUGGAGCCGCCGUGCCAGAAGCCGUGCUAUGCGGGAUGCGCCUGCCCUCCGGGCUGGGUGGAGCACCCUAACAAGUUGCGUAUAUGCGUCCGGGCCAGGAGAUGUCCUCCCGCAUGUCCAGCUCACUCGACGUACGCGCCAUGCGUGUCCAACUGUUCGCCCAAGUGUGGCAAAACUCCUCCCAGCAAGUGCGUCACCGACUGCAAAGAGGGCGCCUGCGUCUGCAAUAAGGGCUUUGCCGAAUUUGAACGUCGCGGCGUAAAGAUGUGCGUGCUCCAAGAAAUGUGUUCCUGGUACACUCGCCAGUCGUCGAUGUUCCCGCGCAAAGGCAUCGCGCCUAGCGUCUCGCCUAGCUUCACGCACCAACCGGUCAGCGUUACCUUACACAAUAGCAACGUGCACUUGCAGGCUAGCGGAAGACCUGAUGGCAUCGCUGCUCACUCUGGCACGGAAACGAGUCAUUCAACUGUUACCAGAAUGCAUUUCUCAAAUGGCACCGAAAUGACAUCAGAAAGUCGAAUUAUGAAUGUUCCCGCAGGCCAUGUUAGCACACGUGUCACUGUACACACUGCAAGUUUGCAGUCAUCUCCUAACGUAGUAUCAGCCGUGAAUGUUGUCCCGAAAGCCACACAGAAUACACCGUCAGUUCACGGCGGAGGUAAUCUGUCAGUCAGCACCACCGUAAACAAGGAAGUUACACUCUCAACUAAUACUGCGGCUCUUCUCCGCAACGUUCUCGGCCUACGUACGAAAGGUGCACACUCCCCCGCUAUCUCGAUAACUCGCGGUGGUGGUGUAAAAACGAACACUGCAGGUGCAUUUAUGCCUCACGUCACAGAGAACUCCUUGAGAACUACCAGAACAAGUUCUGAAAACUCCCGGUCAGUUCCGACGGCUGCCAGUACUCGUGAAACUUCACGUACAGCAGCCACCCGCUUACCUAGUAGAAUACUACCUUGGGGAAGCGGGGCAAGAAGUGGUACAGAAGGCAAGCCCUCAUCAGGUGCACAAGGGCGUCUGCAGGCUUUGAUCAGAUCAACAUCAGAAGUUACGUAUCCGCGUUUUACCGUUCUUCCUGUCGGGGCCGGUGUAGACGCACGUUUGCAAAUUAUACGCUCACAUGGCAGCAUUUCGCCUGGUGAAGGCGGUAAGGGUCGAAGUACAGAACAUACGCAGUACCCUGGUGCCAUUACGCCUAUGCCACCUAUUGCAGGAACCUUACGAGAGCCUAGACCCGCUUUUCGCGCAGUACAAAAUGGUACAUUCGCUGCCCAUAUACAAUCGGUAACUACGUCCUCACCUACUAGGGGAGGUAAUGGGUCUGAUUUCGACGUUGAUCCAUGGUUAUCACUUGGCUUAGGGUUUGCCCCUUGGCACUUGCCCUUACAUAAUGACGUUCUAUUCGGUGCACCCCGUAGAAGGUAUUAUCUAUGGCCUGCAUAUUUACAGUGUCCGGAAACAUACAGUUGGAUUGAUAAAAUGUUGUUACAUUGGGCCUUGUCUUCGAGUACGCCUGCGGGAUAUGAUGAGACCUAUUAUAAGUUUUACCCCUGGGGAACCCCGUUCCACGGCUCAGGUAGAAAUUCUAGGGAUAGUUUGGGGCUCUCCUUAUGGAAUAGAGCUCUACGUGCUUCCACUGGAUAUGAUGGUGCUGGCUUCUUGCUCUACCGAUGGGGCGCCCCUUUGUAUGGUCGCGUAGGAUAUGGCUGGCCUGUUUACAGGAGUUACCCUUGGAAUACACCCUUACGACCUACUUCAAGGUAUGGCUGGAUUGAUUUUAUGCGUUAUCCUUGGGGCACACCGUUAUCUGCUGCAGCCGGACGUAGCUGGAUCGGCUACAGAACCCCUUGGCGCACGCUCUUUCCGCUUCUCCCAGUAAAUGCUUGGGGUAUGUACAGAUUUUACCGAUGGUGCGCUUUCUGAAAUUGUGCCGGUGAAUGGUAGAUCUUGAUGCCACAAAGGAGAAGGCUGUAAGCCAGAGGGGCAAUUAUUAAAGUACGCCUGUGGCAAGCGACCCUGCA